AUGAAGCCUGCUGCGAACCGCAUCGAUGCUGGGUUCCAGGCUACGCUGGAUCGUCGGCAGCAGAAGGGAAGACUGCGACGCCUCACAUUGGCAGCUCCCGACGCGGUCGACUUCUCUUCCAACGGCUACCUUUCGCUCUCUACAAACCCGCAAGUAAAGCGAAAGUACACAGAAUUACUGCAGUCGCAUAGCACUCUAGCGCUAGGAUCAGGAGGAUCUCGAUUGUUAGACGGCAACUCGACCUUUGCAGAACAACUAGAACAAGAUGUGGCGACAUUCCAUGGCGCACCAUCUGCGUUGCUCUUCAAUUCUGGCUUCGAAGCAAAUACGGGUCUAUUCUCCUGCAUGGCAAAUGAUGGAGAUAUUGUAAUCUACGACGAAUAUAUACACGCAAGCGUCCACGAUGGACUAAAGUUAUCGAGAGCGGCCAAAAUCCCAUUCAGACACAACACAGUAUGGGACGCUACGGCUACCAGUCUAUCUUCGCUCGCGUCUCUGGAGAGUGUGCUUGAGAAGCUGCUGAGAUCCAAAUCCGGUAUUGAUUAUUAUAAUGGCACCAAAAACAUAUUCAUAGCAGUAGAAGGCGUCUACAGUAUGGAUGGCGAUGCAGCGCCAAUGCUGGACAUUGUGCAGUGCGUCAAGCGAAAGCUGCCAUAUGGAAACGGGCUGAUUAUCGUCGACGAGGCCCAUUCAACUGGAAUUAUGGGAAAAUCUGGCCGCGGACUUGUCUGCCAGCUUGGGCUUGAGGAUGAAAUCUGGGCUAGGGUGCACACGUUUGGCAAAGCCAUGGGGUGCAGUGGCGCUAUGGUUUUAUGCUCAGAGACGACACGAUCAUACCUCAUCAACUACGCUCGAAGCCUUAUAUAUACUACAGCAAUGGGAUUUCCAACGCUGGCUGCCAUCCGCGCAACAUACGACUACUUGAUCAGCGGCGAAGCGGACGCUCUGCUAUCCAAACUACACGCUCUUGUUCAAACAACACAUCAUCUCCUCUCAACACUCUGCAAAUACCGCCAACCAGCGAAUGGCAUUUUCGGAAUCGACGAAGCCAUGCCCCAGUCCCCUAUCAUGCCGCUUUUCACAUCCAAGGCACACGAUCUUGCUACCCACUGUCAGAAGAGAGGAUUUAUGUUGCGGCCAAUUGUCUUUCCUACAGUGCCAAAAGGCACAGAUAGGGUACGGCUGUGUUUACACGCUGGCAAUACCAUUGAUGAGGUAACAGCCUUAGUAAGAGUGAUUGAAGAAUGGGUUGUGCUUCAAACUACAGCAGCGCCAUCCACAACCAAGUCACAAAUACCUAGCAGAUUAUGA